ACGGAGAAGGCGUUUCUGAAGCAACCAAAAGUUUUCUUAUGUUCGAAGAAAUCUGGUAAAGGAAAGAGACCUGGGAAAGGAGGUAAUCGUUUCUGGAAGAACAUUGGACUUGGUUUCAAGACCCCAAGGGAUGCAAUUGAAGGAGCAUACAUUGAUAAGAAAUGCCCGUUUACUGGUACGGUUUCAAUCAGGGGUCGUAUCCUGGCAGGUACUUGUCACAGUGCAAAGAUGCAGAGGACAAUCAUUGUUCGUAGGAACUAUCUUCACUUUGUGAAAAAGUAUCAAAGAUACGAGAAAAGGCACUCAAACAUUCCUGCUCAUGUUUCACCGUGCUUCCGUGUCAAAGAAGGAGAUCAUGUUAUCAUUGGGCAAUGCAGGCCAUUGUCAAAGACAGUGAGGUUCAAUGUCCUGAAGGUCAUUCCAGCUGGAAGUUCUGCUAUUGGGAAGAAAGCAUUCACAGGAAUCUACAAGAGUACUGUGUAUGUCUGGAUAAGAAGUCUGCCUUUAAUGGAUUUUCGGUGUGAGUUUCAAAAGCCAGAGAAGGCUGGCUCAGUCUAUUCUGAAUCAAACUACAAGGAUGAUUCAACCAGUGAAGAAGCGGUCCAGCUUGCCUUGAAGGUUCUGAGCAAGACGAUGGACUGUACAAGCUUGACAAUGGUGAUGAAACUAGAAUUGACAAUGUUUAUGUGA